AUCUUCACUUAUUAGAACAAUGUUGUUGAUCUGAUUUCAAAUCCAUUUCUUGGGGAAAAUCAUUAACUUUUUCUCCUCCUUCUUGUUGUAAUGGAGAGUACUCAAAAGAAGUCUGGUGAUGAUGUUGAUGAUAGUGUUCCUAAGAUGGAGAAGGAUGAUGAGAUGCCUCCAGAUGAACAUCGUUGUUGUCAAACUGCUGGUGGCGGAUGGAGAUGCAAGAAUUUCAGGAUGAAUCACGGUGCUGCUGAUGAUACUAGUGUUCCUAAGUCCAAAUUCUGUGAAAAGCAUUACUAUGGAAAGAAGAAGACAAGUGGAAAUGGUGAAACUAGGGCUUUGAAAAGGGGAAAGAAGGUAACAGAGAAAGGUGAAACAGGAGGAAUUCAACAAAUUAAUUGUGAUGAUGAUACAGCUGAUCCAAUUAUAGAAUGUGGUUCUGCCAAUAUUUGGAGGAAGAGGAAAACUGUUGAAAGAACAAAAAGGUCCGGAGAACUAGAAUCACUGACAAGAGCCAAGGAAGGUGUGGUUGAAUUGGAACACUAUAAGAUUAAGUGUUUUGAAUUAUUAUUGGAGCUUGAGAGGAAGAAUUUGGAAUGCACUAAACUCCAGGGUAAACUAGCCGAGGUUGAAGAAACUAGAAAGACUGCUGAGACUGAAUGGGAACCCGCGGAUGCCACUGCAAGUUGGGAGAAGAUGUUUUCAACAAUGGGAUGUGUAGAGUCUGGCAUUUCUAAUUUGGAGAGCCUAUUCCUGAGGAUGGAAAGUAAAUACUCAACAAUGGCAGGAUGUGUAGAGUCUGGCAUUUCAAAGUUGGAGAGCUUAGUCCUGAGGAUGGAAAAUGAAAAUUCAACAAUGGGAUGUUAACAGUCUUGCAUUUCCAAUUUGGAGAGCCUAAUCCAGAGUAGGGGCUGUUCGGAUGUGAGACCAUCUCAACAUGGAUCAUCAUCUCAAGAUCAAUUGGACAUGAGUAAGAAGCUUUUCGCCAACUUGGUCUCAGAUGAUGGUGGUAAAAGUCUUGGCGAAUCUGAAGAUUCUGAUACUUCUACUGAUUCAGAAGGUUCUCUUGGGGGCCUGAUGGACAUGCUGGCUAUGAAAUAUAGGAGGAAUAGGAAUGAAGACAAAGAAAUGAAAUGGAAAUCUGAGGCUGAUAUGCUUUCCUCAUUUGAAGAGGAUCCUGAGCUCUGUAUGAGAGCUAUUUGUGCUCUCCAUCGACAGCAGAUAUCCGAAGACGAAAUAUCAGAAAAGGGGUUGUUCCAUUACCCUGAUGUACUCGGGAUUACUACUUUGGCCAACUUUCUAAUGGAAGAGGACUGCAAAGGUGACCUAAAGAAGUCUUUGAAAGAGCUGGAGAUAUUCGAUUCGAAAGGGAUUGUUGACUGCAAGAGGAUGGCUACAAGAUACUCGAUUCAGUUAUUCAGUGUCUACCAAAAUGGAAAAGAUCCUUUUUUCCUCCCAGCUACAACUGCCAGCCAUGGAGAUCAAACUGCCAAGUAAUGGAUUGUUGUGUAAGCAAACGAAACGAACAACAACAUCAAUAAACUCUAAAAACAAUUUAGAAUCCGUUUGUUUUCUUUCCCAAAUGCAGAGCACCACUCCACUAUUUUUUUUGUUUGUCUCUCUCUAGGGUUUACAAGUUUCAUAUUUCACUCUCCAGAUCCAGAAAUUAGCUAGAAUUUACAAAUUUCAUUUAGAUUUUAAGCUCAUUUCUGGUCUCUUCUCUGGUUUCAUAGUUCUAUUUAGCAAUUGGAAUAGAUUUGGGAACAACUUAUUCAUAUGUUGCAGUUUGGCAGAAUGAAAGAGUUGAGAUUAUCCCUAAUGAUAAUGGAAAUCAUACUACUCCUUCCUGUGUUGCUUUUACUUAUCAACGUUUCAUCGGAGAUGGUGCUCUGAAUCAAGUUGCUAUGAACCCUAUCAACACUGUUUUUGAUGCGAAUCGUUUAAUUGGUAGGAAAUUCAAGGAUACCUCUGUUCAAAGUGACAUGAAGCUAUGGCCUUUCACAGUCAUUGCUGGAAAACACAAGAGACCAAUGAUUCAAGUCAAUUACAUGGGACAGGUUAAAAUGUUAUCAGCUGAGGAAAUCUCAUCCAUGGUUCUCACUAAGAUGCGAGAAACAGCCGAAGCUUACGUUGGUUCAACUGUCACGGAUGCUGUUAUCACAGUCCCUCUACUUCAAUGAAUCUCAGCAUCAAGCUACUAAGGAUGCUGGUAUAGUUGCUGGCCUUAACCAAUUACUUAGAACCCAAGACCUCUGGUUUCUUCCAAGUAAAUUGUUCUUUUCUUUUUGUUUAGUUUGUGGUUAGAUUGAACAAUUAGAGGAGGAUUAGCAACAGGAGUUGAUUGAACUAUUAGAAUGGCAGCAUACACCAUGUCUUUUGCUUGGCAUGACCUUCCUCAGUAUAAGGUUUUGCACGAACACUCCACACGGUCCUGAAAUACUACAAAUUGUUUUGGCAAUGGGUCUACACAAGGUGGUUUUGCGGACGAACUAUUCUAGCUGUUGAAAAUUCCCUUCAUUCAAUUGUGUUUUUGAAGUGUUAAUGCAAUUAAGUAGCUUUUUCA